AUGGAAGGUGGUAAUUCGGUGGUAAAAAUCUCCAGAUGGUUAGGAUUGGUGGUUUUGUUUUCCGUGGUUGUGGUCAGCGGGGGGGCUGACCCUAACGUGACCAGGACCUGUCCCAUCCACCUGAAGUCUCCCAUACAGAAUAUCGGCGUAAAGCCUGUUCUAUCAAAGGAGGAGACAGCCCUGUUGAUGCUAUUGGGAUUUGGGGGGUUCUCCAUCAUCCUCGCCCUCGUCCACAACAGCAUCCGGAAACACGUGUUCCAUGACGAGCAUAACCUUGACACGACCUUCGACGCCGGGGGCAACGUCAGCAUGUCCUUGACCGCUGUGACCGUGGCCUCUCAGCUGUUCUGGCCAGGUGAUAUUUUACACAGCGCCACCCUCACGACUAAGAAUGGCAUCGCAGGCCCGUUCUGGUACGCUGUGGGGAUCAUGUUCAACAUCUUUGUGUUUCCCAUCCUUUCCGUGCAGUUCAAGACUAAGGCCCCAGGUGCUAAAACGUAUCUCCAGAUCAUCAAAGCAAGAUUCGGCAAAAGAACACACACCGUGUUUUGCUUCUUCGCCAUCUUGACCAAUCUCGUCAUUACAAUUGGAGUUUUGUUGGCGGGCAAGGCGACCAUUCAGUCGUUAACCAAAGACGCAUCAGAUGAGUUUGUGGUCCUCAUAAUGGCGGCCUUAUUCGGGUCCUAUUCACUGAUUGGUGGGCUGGGCACGACCUUCUACGUCUCCUACUUCAACGCCUGCCUCGUCUUCAUCCUCUUCAUCGUCUUCGUCGUCAAGAUCCUACACAACAAAGACUCGGAGUUCGGGACGAUUGGAAAUACGGAGAAGAUGUUCCAGUCGAUAACAUGCAUCCACGGGCCGAACGACAAUGCUAAUAACAGUUUCCUGACGUUCAGGUCCUGGGGUGCCUUCAUGUACGGCAUCAUUGAGAUCUUCGUCUCGUCUGCUGUGACGUAUUGUGACCAGGCGUCCUGGCAGAGCAGAAUUGCCGCCAAACCAGUGCAGGGUGUGUGGGGAUUUAUCCUGGCCGGAUUUAUCUGGUUCUCUAUCCCAAAUGUCAUGGCGACCACUACAGGGAUGGCGUAUUUAGUGCUGAGUUCAGACAACGGCUCACACUUCUUGGACCCAGGACAGAUAGAUGAAGGCUUGGUGACGCCCCUAAUUGCUGAGAAAGUUCUAGGCUCAGCUGGUGGUAUCCUGAUCCUGACGAUGGGUGCCAUGGCUCUCAUGUCUACUGGGUCUGGAGAGGUCAUGGGUCUGUCAUCUGUCAUCGUGUAUGACAUCUUCCAGACAUACAUCAGGCCGUUCAGAGACAACCUCCAGCCCCACCACUGUGUCCUAUGCGGCAAGACCAGAAAAGGCCUCCAACAAUCCGCCAACAACUCACACCCGGACGGACACGAGCUCUGCGCAUGCGUGGACGCCUCAAACUGCGGCGUCUGCGCAGAGGACCUGUUGAAGGCUAGAAACACGAGCCAGUACUACCUCAAGCAGCCGUACGCUUGCGGCACUCACGGCAGAUUCCGGGAGUACAUGGACUUCCUGUUUGAGUUCAAGAACUGGUGUAUCGUCUGGGUGACGGUGUGCAUGGUGCCUCUGGGUCUGGUCGUCUUCCACUCUGGCAUCAACCUGAACUGGAUCUUCUACUCGGGGGCAACGGUCACCAUCCCAUGUUUUCCUCCUGUCGUCUUGUCCAUUAUAUGGGUCAAGGCCACGGGGAUAGGUCUUAUAGCUGGCAGCAUCAGUGGACUGAUUGGGGGCAUUGCGGCCACACUGGCCACGGCCACCACAUACCCGGGUGGCCUGGGCCACUUCCUGGAGAACACGGCCCAGGACUACACAAUACUGGCAGGCAACGUCACAGGGUUCGCUGUCAGUCUGUCAGUGUGUAUCAUAGGCUCGUUGCUGACACACAGGAUUAAAGGUCCCGCCGACGUGGAAUUUGAAUGGAUGAAGAUGUACGACAUCGACAACCCUCUACAGCCUUGGGAGUUACUGUACAGGGAGGAUAUGAAGGGCAUGCAAUACGAUGAGCGGCCAUCCUUCGACCAAAUGAACACCGCCUUUAGGAAAGCCAAGCUAACGGCGUACUUCGCCGGUGGCGCCAGUAUAUUUUUGUUCGCCAUUUUGAUCCCAGGUGUCAUGGCGGCCUACCCGGAUAUGAACCUGGCGAGGUUUGAGAUGUGGUUAAACUUCACUCAGUCGUGGGCUGUAAUAAUGGCGAUCAUCGUCGUGUUCCUGCCGCCAACAGAGGAGAUCAUUCGCAUCGUCAAACAAUGUCGCAAAAACCGCAGCCCCGGGGUGAACGCCAUCAAAAACGGCAUGGCCAGGGACGGGCAGAAAUGCCUGACCCUCGUCAAGUCCUCGUCUGCCCCGGAAGCCCACGAGCUGGUCGUCAAGGACGGGGUGGAGUACGCUGGAAGCAACAGCGACGUACUUCCGGUGGCGGUGUGAGCUUAUCUCCCCCUGAGUGUUCGUCAUGAAAGACUGGUUGCUCGCUUGAAUAUCGCGCGAACAUUAAAAAUCAGGACUUACAAAGGCCUCAGCGAAUAGGGUUUAAAUGAUGUGAUUUUUUUUUAA